CAAACAUCCGGGUUUCUCCUUUUUGCGUUCCGGUUGAACUCACCUCUCUUUCUCGCCCCUGGACAUCUCCCUCCUUCAGGCCCGCGUCUCUCCCACUCCUCCGCGCGCUGGACUAGCGCGGGCUUCAGUGACGGGAGCCCUCGAGGGACAUGGCAACUACAGCGGCGCCGGCCGGCGGCGCCCGAAGCGGGGCUGGUCCGGAAUGGGGAGGGUUCGAAGAAAACAUCCAGGGUGGAGGCUCAGCUGUGAUUGACAUGGAGAACAUGGAUGAUACCUCAGGCUCCAGCUUCGAGGACAUGGGUGAGUUGCAUCAGCGCCUGCGCGAGGAAGAAGUAGAUGCCGAUGCAGCUGCUGCGGAAGAGGAGGAUGGGGAGUUCCUGGGCAUGAAGGGCUUCAAGGGACAGCUGAGCCGGCAGGUGGCUGAUCAGAUGUGGCAGGCAGGGAAGAGACAAGCCUCCAGGGCCUUCAGCUUGUACGCCAACAUCGACAUCCUGAGACCCUACUUUGAUGUGGAGCCUGCCCAGGUGCGAAGCAGGCUCCUGGAGUCCAUGAUCCCUAUCAAGAUGGUCAACUUCCCCCAGAAAAUCGCAGGUGAACUCUAUGGACCUCUCAUGCUGGUCUUCACGCUGGUUGCCAUCCUCCUCCAUGGGAUGAAGACAUCUGACACCAUUAUUCGGGAGGGCACCCUGAUGGGUACAGCCAUUGGCACCUGCUUCGGCUACUGGCUGGGUGUCUCGUCUUUCAUUUACUUCCUCGCCUACCUGUGCAACGCCCAGAUCACCAUGCUCCAGAUGCUGGCAUUGCUGGGCUAUGGCCUCUUUGGGCACUGCAUUGUCCUGUUCAUCACCUAUAACAUCCACCUCCAUGCCCUCUUCUACCUCUUCUGGUUGCUGGUGGGUGGACUGUCUACUCUACGCAUGGUGGCAGUGUUGGUGUCACGGACUGUGGGCCCCACACAGCGGCUGCUCCUCUGUGGCACCCUGGCCGCCCUACACAUGCUUUUCCUGCUCUAUCUGCAUUUUGCCUACCACAAGGUGGUAGAGGGGAUCCUGGACACGCUGGAGGGCCCCAACAUCCCGCCUAUGCAGAGGGUCCCCAGAGACAUCCCUGCCGCGCUCCCUGCUGCUAGGCUUCCUGCCACCGUGCUCAAUGCCACAGCCAAGGCUGUUAUGGCAGGAUGAUGGUGGGACAGCCCAGACUACAUUGAAAGCAGUGACUGAACCUGGAACCUGCCCCUGAGGGCAGGGGACACCUGACCCAUGGAGCAGCAGGGAGGCCUCAGACACAGGAACCAUUAAGUCUGAUGGAGGAGUGCACCCAGCUUGAGUGGGCUCAGCCUCACUCGGGACACCAAUGGAGCAGUGACAAUUGGUCAAAAACUUCAAUUCAACCCCAUGUAAUUACAAGGUUCUUAUGUACCUGGCCCAUUGCCUAGGGAUAAUUUUCCUGUGGGAGCUCACAUUUGAAGCCAAACUUGGCUUUGUGCUGGUUUUACUGGGGCCAGAGGAACAAAGCCAUCGGUUUCUUCCGUCCUUUUCAGGAGUGCUAUUCGUUCCUAAAAACAACCAGCACCCCAAGCAUAGCACCAUCCACCCCACCAUCCAUUUAAUCGGCUCUACUUAACGAGUUAAAUCAGGUGGUUAAUGAAAUAGAAUUGUCAACCUCCCUUCA